CAACUACGUGCCGCUGGAAUUCUCCAGAACACCCCCAAUUGGUUACCCGCAGCUUAUUGGACGAGUCGAAAACUACAGCUUGAUUACCAACGCCAGGCCUAGCCUUGUUUGGUAUGACGGAAACGUCGUACCUCCAGUUCAGCAGGAAUCGGGCUAUCGAAGCGCAACCGGUAAACGACGAAAGCGCCACUAAGGAGUGAGGGCUGCCUCGCUAAGUGCGGGCGCGUUUGGAAGCCAUCACGGCGUCGGCCGAUCGUUGUGUGACAGCAUUGCAUGUAAUUGUAGAAGCACCAGCGAGACCCCCCCAGUGCUUAGAUCAGACGUCGAGCCGCGCUGUUCUUCCUGAAGUCGCUGGAUCUAGCUGCGGGCUUGCGUGCUUGCCAUGACUGCGGCCGCGUCGACUCUGGCCAAGUACGGAGACCCCGUACCUUGCAGCAAAAUGCGUCCCUCCUCGAAGCACCGUUGUACCAUACAGCAAGAUUCCAUCUCAUCCGAUAUCAUUAGUGGAGCGCGGCACGUACUUUGCUGGACGGGCAGAUUGAGUUCACCAAGCCUGAAGGAGCACGGGUCCGGGACGCAGAAUUCCACAGCUCAACGAUGUCAAAGUGUGAGUCAAUGGAGCAAGCCCCUGGAGGCGUUGAGGGAUAGGCAAAAAAAUCUGCAAUACUCGAGUCGCCAACGUUACCAACAUCCUCUGCCUUGGACCAAAUCAGGUGUGGUCUCCGGAAAGCACAGAGCACGUUAUUUACACACAGACACCAUUCUGGGUUUGAUUCGAUCUUGGCUACCAUGUAAGCGCGAUCGUUGUUCGCGGCCUCUGCUCUCCCCAUGUCAGCAACUGGGCAGGCGCUGUCUUAGAGUCACCCCUCUGUCGUGCUCAGCGUCCCCCACGCUCUCGCUCUCUACUGGGUACGGGUACGGAGUAGAGUAUUUCUUUUUGCAUGUUUAUUUUUUUGCAACCCUUGGCGAGAAGACUGACCAAUCUAUGCCCUGGUCCAAUCGAUAUACUGGAGCUGCAGUGUAACUACACUACGGAUACAGCGUCAGGAGUUUGUGCGAAGAAAAUGGCCGACUGGCGAGAGCGACGGGAGUGGCAGGGGAGGCUGGUCCAUUCAAGUCCUCUGCUAUAGCCCGUGUUCGGACAGCCGUGUCAACCAUAUGGAAAAGAAGCGGCGGAGAGGCGC